GCCUUUUACUGAAAGUGUGUGCGCAGGAUAAGAGCAUGCACACUCUUUCCAGUUUCAACCAAAAUAUAUAGCUACUCUAUGUAGACAGGGAGAGAGAGGGAGGGGGUGAAGGUGAAAGUGAGGGUGAGGAUGAGGAUGAGGAUGAGGAUGAGGAUGGGGCUUUGGCAUAAAGAAGGAAUCAGUUCAGUUGUAUUAUUAUGAUGAUGAGUGGGUUUCAUUGAAAGGUCGGUUUCUUUGGAGGAGAUAAAAACAAGAACAAAGAGAGACUAUUCAUACUUUGGUUGGCGUGCUUCGAUGCAAACUGAUGGGUUUUUAUUUUUGGUUGUGUAAAAGCCCCACCUUGUAGAUUUUUUUUCAGAAGCUACCAACCUUUUCUGCAGGCUUUGUUCCUUGAGUUUGGACUCUUGAAGGUUCUUUUGUGCUCGCUUCUAUUGGUUGAUUUUCAGCAACCUUAUAUUCCAUGACAUGGGUCGAUCCUAGUUUUGGAAGAUUGGAAUAGAAUAAACAGAAAAAUGAGAUACGGAUAAAAGGUUUUAGCUUUUGGAUUUUGCGUUUUCUUACGAAGAAGAUGGCCUCUGUUGAAGAGAAGAUCAAAGCUGGAGGCUUGGUUGGUCGAGCACAAACUACUUUGCUAGAGGAAAUGAAGUUGUUGAAAGAAAUGCAGGAUCAGUCUGGGGCAAGGAAAGCUAUAAAUUCGGAGCUAUGGCAUGCCUGUGCAGGUCCACUUGUUUCUUUGCCUCAGCUGGGUAGUCUUGUGUAUUACUUCCCUCAGGGACAUAGUGAACAGGUGGCAGUUUCUACUAAGAGAUCGGCAACCUCACAAAUUCCCAACUAUCCUAAUCUUCCAUCUCAGUUGUUGUGCCAAGUUCACAAUGUUACUCUACAUGCAGACAAAGAUACAGAUGAAGUCUAUGCCCAAAUGAGUCUUCAACCAUUGAACUCUGAAAAGGACGUCUACCCUAUACCAGACUUUGGACUAAAGCCUAGCAAACAUCCAACUGAAUUUUUCUGCAAAACUCUGACUGCAAGUGAUACAAGCACACAUGGUGGCUUCUCAGUUCCACGCAGGGCUGCAGAAAAGCUCUUUCCUCCACUGGAUUACUCAAUGCAACCACCAACACAAGAGCUUGUUGUUCGUGACUUGCAUGAUAAUACCUGGACAUUUCGCCAUAUCUACCGCGGGCAGCCAAAAAGGCACCUUCUCACAACAGGGUGGAGUUUGUUUGUUGGGUCUAAAAGGCUCAGAGCCGGUGAUUCUGUUUUGUUUAUCAGGGAUGAAAAAUCACAGUUAUUGGUGGGUGUAAGGCGUGCAAAUCGCCAACAAACAGCAUUACCUUCAUCAGUUCUAUCAGCUGAUAGCAUGCACAUCGGUGUACUCGCUGCUGCAGCUCAUGCUGCCUCCAAUCGUAGCCCAUUUACUAUUUUCUACAACCCAAGGGCGUGCCCUUCAGAAUUUGUUAUUCCUGUGGCUAAAUACAGAAAGUCUGUAUAUGGGACCCAAAUUUCAGUUGGUAUGCGGUUUGGAAUGAUGUUUGAAACAGAGGAGUCCGGUAAACGGAGAUAUAUGGGAACAAUAGUUGGGGUUAGUGAUUUGGAUCCACUGAGGUGGCCUGGUUCCAAGUGGCGAAAUCUUCAGGUAGAGUGGGAUGAGCCGGGGUGUAGUGAUAAGCAGAAAAGGGUUAGUUCAUGGGAAAUUGAGACACCUGAAAGUCUAUUCAUAUUUCCAUCUCUGACUUCAGGUCUUAAACGACCAUUUUCUUCUGGAUUUUUAGGAGCAGAAACUGAGUGGGGAAAUUUAUUGAAGAGACCUCUUAUCUAUCCUGAGAUUGGAAAUGGGGUUAUGCCAUACUCUCCAAUGUCAAACCUGUGUUCUGAGCAAUUGAUCAAGAUGAUGCUGAAACCUCAGCUUGGUAAUAGUUCUGGAACCUUUGCCUCUUCUCUACAACAAACCUCUGAUGCCAAGGGAGCUCCAGUACCGGUAGAAGAGACGAAGACCCUGCAGGCUAUAGUCAAUCAGAAACCUCAGCUUAUCCAGUCAGAAAAUGCAAGGAUAGAAAACCAAAAUAGUUCCCGAUUAUGUGUUGACCAAACUGAUGCCACAAAUAUGAGUUCAUCAAAAUCAAAUCCUCCAAGCAAAUGUGAGAAGCAAAUGCCAGCUGGAACUAAUACUGAGAAUUUGAGAUCAGAACCUGAGCAAUCAACUGAUCAGUUUAGUCAUUUAACUUCGAUGGGAGAGAGCAGCAUGGAAAAACUGGUGACUAGUUCUCUAAAUCCACAAAACUUAGUAAACCAGCAUACAUACCAUAACCCGAACCAGGCUCCAAUGCAAUUACAAACCUGUCCUUGGCCAAUGCAGUCACAACUGGAUUCAUCUGUAUUGCACGGGCCACAGAUUAAUGUAUCCCCAUAUGAUUCUGGUAAUCUGAACGGCUUACUUCCUUUUGUAGACACUGAUGAAUGGAUAUCACACACUUCUUGUCAAUCACUUGCUGGUAUGUAUGGUAAAACACCAUUACCCAUGUCUGGAUUGCAAGACCCUUCAGCAGUGUUCCCUGAAGUAAUCAAUCCCCCUUUACCUUCACCAGGCCAGGAAAUGUGGGAUCAUCAACUGAAUAAUUUGAGGUUUUUCUCCCAAGUAGACCCGUUUACUCCAUUUGCUCAGCAAGAUCCCUGUGGCCUAAACUCCAAUGGGUUGAGGGAUUUGUCGGAUGAGAGCAAUAAUCAGAGUGGGACUUACAGCUGUGUCAACAUUGAUGCUAGUAAUGGUGCAAGUACUAUGAUUGAUCAUUCCGUCUCAAGUGCAAUUCUGGAUGGAUUUUGUCCAUUGAAGGAUGCUAAUUUCCAGAAUCCUUCUGAUUGUUUAAUUAACAAUUUCUGCUCUAGUCAGGACGUUCAAUCUCAGAUUACUUCUGCAAGCCUAGCAGAUUCUCAGGCUGUCUCUAAGCAAGACUUCCAAGACAACUCAGGUGGCACAUCUUCAAGUAAUUUGGAUUUUGAUGAGAGCGGUCUAUUGCAGAAUACCUCAUGGCCGCAAGUAGCUCCACCUGUGCGGACAUAUACCAAGGUUCAAAAGGCAGGAUCGGUUGGGAGAUCCAUAGAUGUCACGACUUUUAAAAAUUAUGAUGAACUAUGCUCUGCCAUUGAGCAUAUGUUUGGACUUGAGGGUCUGCUGAAUGACCCACGAGGCUCUGAAUGGAAAUUGGUGUACGUAGAUUAUGAAAAUGAUGUUCUACUUGUGGGAGAUGAUCCUUGGGAAGAAUUUGUUGGCUGUGUCCGGUGCAUAAGGAUUCUGUCACCUCAAGAAGUUAAGCAGAUGAGUGAAGAGGGAAUGAAGCUUCUCAACAGCGCUGCAAUGCAAGGCAUUGAGUGUUCCAUGGUAGGUGGUGGUCGUGCAGGUGGUCCUCAGUGAAUCCCGAUAGACCCAUCACUAGAUAUUCUUCCAAUUUCUUCCUUACUGCCUUGUUUAUGGAAGGAGAAGACCCUCUGGUAAAAUAUAUGGAUGCUGCUGUAAACACUGCUUCAAGGAAAGGCCUAGAGGCCCUCACCUUUGUUUUAGUUUUAAGUUAGUGAAGGCGGACUGACGAAUGAAUGAAUGUAAGGAGACAUUUCACAUUUGUUAAGUAGGAAGUGAAACUACUAAUAUUAAUAUCAUCGUAUUAAUGCUUAUCAGAUAA